GCCUUUAAAGCGCAAUCAAGUUCUAUAAAAUCUAUUUGUAGUUUCUUGACCGCUAAAGGUUUCAACUCAACAAUUCGUAAACUGUAAGCAAUGGCAGCAUCGUCUUCUUUUUUCAAAGGUUUCACUGUCAUGGUUGUGUUCGUGUUAACAGCCAAUGUGGCAUUCGCGGCUUCUGCCCACACUACUGAGCAACACCCACAAUAUACCCCCAACCCCCCCAGUCAUCAACCUAAGUCUUCUUCUAAUGUUACUAAACAACACUGGGGAUAUACCUUACCCCCGAGUUAUCAACCCAAGGCUUCUUCCCCUAGUGCUGAUCAGCCCUCGAGAAACGCCUCAGAAUCCUCACAACGUCAAAGGUUCUUGGAAGAAUGCGCGAGAAAGAUGAAUGAGAAAUGCGCCAAAGAGAUUGUCAUGGCCGUGUUUGAGGAUAAAAAGGUGAGUCGAAAAUGCUGCAUCAAGGUAGUAAACAUGGGAAACAAAUGCCACCAUGAAAUGAUCAAGAGGCUAAAGAAGAUACACCUACAUCACCUAAAGCCAAAGAAAAUCAAGUCCAAGAGCGAAAAGGUUUACAGAAAAUGUCAAAAGAUUGCUAAAAAGCAUAGUUCAUCCCCGGCAUCUUGAUCGGCUGAUUUCUUUCAAUAACAUUAGCUCUUGAGCAAAUUCAAUCCACAACACAGAUGAGAAGAUCCAUUUAGUAUUUACCCAAUGGCUAGAAAUAAAAAGAACUAACUUGUACAUGUUUUUUCGUCUCUAAGUCAUGUUUGGUAUUAUUUAUAUCCUGAUGCAACUAAAUC